CUGGCCGUUCUGGGUGGACAGCAGUCGGCAUCUCCGUCAGCUCCGUCAGCUCCGUCAGCUCCGUCAGCUCCGUCCUUCCCUGGGAAGAAGAACAACAUAGCAGGCAGCAGCUCGGUAGUCUUCUUCAGUUCUUCGUCCGUCCGCGGUCCGUCCCUAAUCCCUUGGAUCUGUUACAUCUAUUUGCAGGUGGAAGCAAUUCUGUGGAUUUGUAUACAUAUUUUUGAGUCAAGUGCAUAUAUGUACCUUGUGGAUUAAAGGCAAUGGGUGAAGAAACAAACAAAGUUGGUUCUUCUGAAGACGGUGGAAAGUUUGUGUCAAAUGCAGGUUCUGAAAAAGAUGUGGAGUUAGAUGGCAGUGAAGGAGCAACCGGGUCAGAUGAUGAGUGUGAUGAUGGGUAUAGUGGUGAAAGUGAAGAAGAAGAAGAAGUGUCAGAAGAAGAGAUAACACCUUUUAGUUUCCUGGAGGAUGAUGCUAAUUAUGAAGCACUCGCUGAGAAAAAGAGAAAAGCAGUAGCAGCUCACCAAAAUGAAGGGCCUUCAAAAAAACAGAAGGAGACAGAGGUGCUAGGUGCUAGUUUUGAUGAAAUUAUGGAAGCCAUGGAUUAUGGAAGUAAAAGGAAAUCAAGGAGGAGAAGAAGAAAAAGAAGAGGAAGGCCAAAAGGGUCUAGAGGUAACGGGGACCCUGUAGCCAAGAAAUUGUUAGGGGAGGCCACACUGUGUUAUGCAACCGAGGAUUAUGAAAGGGCUGUAAAAUUGCUGUGUGAAUGUAUCAGGCGAAAUCCUACGCAUGAUGCAUAUCAUACACUCGGCCUUGUUUACAAUGCAAAGGGUGAUAAGAAAAGGGCUCUUUAUGCCUACAUGCUUGCCACUAAAAGUGUAACUAGGACAAAGGAAACAUCUCUGUGGAAGUCGCUUCUUUCAUGGUUUCUAGAUCAAGGGAAUUCUGCUGCUGUUAAUUAUUACCUUCCCAAGGCAAUAGCCGCUGACCCUGAAGAUAUUACACUUAAAUUCCUCGGAGCAUCACAUUAUACAGAACUUGAAGAGCAUGAGAAAGCUGCCAAGUUAUAUGAACAAAUUCAUCAGCUUUGUCCCGAUAAUUCUGAUGCUUGCAUAUCAGCAGCAGAGUUGUAUAAGCAGUGUGGUAAAGUUGAAUGUUCACUAGUUUCUUUGGAGAAUUAUCUUAGCCACUACCCAACUGGUGGUGAUCCAAGAAUCAUUUCAAUGCUAAUUAGCAUAUGCAUUGAAAAUGGUGAAUACUCUAGAGCUCUUCAACAUAUUAGAAAAGAUUGUUCAGGAACAGAAUUGUCGUUUGAUCUAACAGCUAAGGCAGGAAUUUGCUACCUUCAUCUUGGAGAUUUAGAUAAUGCAAAAGCUCUUUUUGGGGCAUUCCAUUUAGAGAAUGCAAAUGAUUUUACUGAGUCAAUCAUUGAAAUUGCGGACACAUUUAAAAAACUUGAGCAUUAUGAAUCUGCUUUACAUUACUACCUGAUGUUGGAAAGGAAGUUGGGACCUACCAGUGGAACUCUGAAUUUGAAAAUUGCUGAAUGUUACUUAUCAUUGAGAAAAAUGGACGAAGCAAUUACAUUCUUCUGCAAAGCUAUACCAUUACUUGAAAACAGUGUUGAGACUCGGCUGACCUUAGCUUCCCUUCUUCUUGAGAAAGAGAAAGAUAAAGAAGCAAUAUCGUUCCUUUCUCCUCCAAAUUCAGAGUUAGGGUUGCAAACUGUUUGUAAUAUACAUGAAAAAUGGUGGCAUGAAGAGAAAGUGCAACUCAGGCUUGCCAACAUCUACCGAGAUAAAGAUAUGAUUCAAGAAUUUGUUGAUACAUUCUAUCCCUUGGUUUAUCGGUCAUUAACCUCUGAAGGUCCAAAAAAGGUAGGUAAGAAGCUUCCAAAGAGAGUUCUUCUUGAAAGAGCCAAAGUGUUAGACAGUGAUCAGACUGACAAUCCAUUGCAAGGAUUUAAACCUGUGGCUAAUGUAACUGACAGAAGAAAGGCUUCCAGAGCAAAGAGGGUCCUUCAACGGAGAUCUGAAAUGAAGGAAGAAAAGAAAACAAAAACUUUAGCAGCUGGUCUGGAUUGGAAGAGUGAAGAUUCAGACGAUGAAUUUCGGGUAUCACUGCACAAAAAGAAACCUCCCACACCUAAACUCCUAAAAGAUGAGGAGAAUCAUCAACUCUUUGUGGACUUGACCAAAGCUCUGGCAUCUUUAGGGAGAUACGAUGAAGCAUUUGAUGUUUGUGAGCUGACUCUUAGGUUUGCUUCUGAUAUAUUAUCUAAUGAAAGGAGGGAUAGUAUUACAACUCUUGGCGCUCAAUUGGCAUGUAAAAUCCAAGAUACAAAGCGUGGUUGCAGCUUUCUGAGGCACUUCCUUCAUCAGCAUCCUUCAAAAAUGGCAGCAUGGAGUUACUACUAUAAAGCACUAUCAAAGCUAGAGAUUGCUCCUUCUACAAACAAUAGAUUUCUACUACAUGCUCGCUAUCAACAGAAAGAUUGUAUCCCACCUAUCAUCAUUGCAGGGCAUCAAUUUUGUGAAAUCGGCCAGUAUCAAGUAGCAGCUAGGGAAUACCUGGAAGUUUACAAACUUCGACCAAAUUGCCCUUUAAUUAAUCUUUGCAUAGGCACUGCACUGAUUAACUUAGCCUUUGAUAUCAGGUUGAAGAAUAAGCAUCAAUGUGUGCUACAAGGCUUGGCAUUUUUAUACAACAAUUUGCGGCUUUGUGGAAAUAGCCAAGAAGCCUUGUACAACAUGGCUCGAGCAUAUCAACAGGUUGGCCUUGUAUCUCUUGCAGCUUCAUAUUAUGAGAAGGUGUUAACUACGAUGGAAAAGGAUUGCCCAAUUCCAAGCUUUCCAUAUGAAAAUCAGUGUGUCCAAAUCCAAAAGCCUCGUCAUUGUGACCUUCGCAGAGAAGCAGCUUACAAUCUUCACCUAAUUUACAAGGCAAGUGGGGCAUUUGACCUUGCUAGGCAAGUUUUGCAAGAUCACUGCACUGUGUGAAGUUUUUUUCCCUUUCCUGCUAUGUUUGUAGAUAAAUGAAAGCUGGUAUUUGUGUUUAUGGCAACAGUUUUUGCUUUUCCUGCUAUGUUAAGUGGACCUUGGUUCUGUAUAUCAUAACUUGUACAAUUUGUAGGUUUUGACUCAAUGUACCAGGUUGUUUGUUUACUGAUGAA